AUGCAAGGUUUUCUGUAUUUAGUGGAUUCUCUUCGUGAAGGAUCCUCAACAACAAGACCACCUGUUCUAGAUGGAGCAAAUUAUGCCUACUGGAAAGCUCGAAUAAUUGCAUUUAUAAAAUCGAUUGACAGUAAGUGUUGGAAAGCAAUGAUUGCUGGUUUGAAACAUCCUUCCCCUAAAGAUGUUGCUGGAAAAGAGACACUUAAACAAGAGAUAACUUGGUCCAAAGACAAAGAUGAAGCUGCAUUUGGAAAUUCAAGAGCUUUAAAUGCAAUUUUCAAUGGUGUUGAUCAGAAUAUCUUCAAAUGGAUUAAUACUUGUUUGUUUGCAAAAGAGGCCUGGAAUAUUCUUGAAACUGCUUAUGAAGGAACUUCUAAGGUUAAGAUAUCCAAACUUCAAAUUUUGUCUUCAAAAUUCGAAGCAGUUAAGUUGAUAGAAGAUGAGACCAUAGUAGAGUUUAAUGUUCGUGUUCUGGAUUUGGCUAAUGAGUCAUUCGCCUUAAGUGAAAAACUUACUAAUACAAAGCAGGUGAGAAAAGUGCAAAGAUCUCUUCCUCCUCGGUUUAACAUGAAAGUCACAACUAUAGAGGAAGCUAAUGAUAUUCUAGUCAUAAGAUUGGAUGAGUUGUUUGAUUCUUUGCGAACAUUCGAGUUGUCACUAGAUCUACACUUGCUUAUCAGGGAGUCAGUGAGGAAACGACAAAGUCUACCUCAAAGAUCACCAAGUUCUAUUGUUGGGUCUCGACGGAAGGAUAGUUAUCAAAAUACCGAUCAGAUUGAUAAAAGUGUUAGAUGUCAUGAGUGUGAAGGAUUCAGGCACCAUCAAGCUGAGUAUGCUAUUUAUUUAAAAAGAAAGAAAAAGGGGCUUGCAAUCACAUUAUCUGGUAGAGCUCUAAUCAGUUGUGAGCAAGAAAUAUCUAAUGAUAAUAAUCUAAUUGUUGGUUCUGAAGAAAAACGUGAGUUAGAUAGUGAGAAGUUACCCUCAUCUGGUGAAAAACUGGUCAAGGAAAAAGUUAUUGGUAAAGGUCAUAUUGAUCGGUCAGGUACACCAAAUCUUCGUGAUGUCAAAUUAGUUAAAGGCAGAAGCAGUAAAUAUAGCAUGCCAUAUACACAAUUGGAUUACUCUUCGUCCUGGAACUGUGUAUACAAAUUAUCAGCUAUGGAAGGGUCGUAA